GGACGAGUGGUUCCCCUCGCCGCCGGCCGAGCCGCACAUGUGAUUGAUGACGGCGUCCACGUAGAUGUUGACCCCGACGUUGUUGCACCGCGCCACCAUGUCCCGCAGCUCCCGCUCGUCACCGGACCUGGAACACAGAAUUCUUAUUGUGCUUGAGCUGGGGGUUGCGUUCAAGACUGCGGGAAAAUUCCUCACUCGUCAAAAGUGUCCCUGUCAAAGCGACUGCCAUAAGGUGACCCAGUUGGCUGCUGGGAGAAGGCCCGUCGACUGACGGAGGCCUUGAAGGACAUCCAGGAAGUUCACGUUGGCGCUCCUCCAUCAGGCACCUUUGGGGAAAAAAAAAUGCUUGCUGUCUCCAUUCGAUCUGAAUGAAAUCAAAACCAGAACUAUCCCAUUGCAGCCUCUCUGUGUAUUUGUAAGCGAACUCCACCAGGGGGCGGUCCAAGUACGAUCCAACUGGGAAGUGGCAUUAAAGGGCCGGGAGCCUCUUUUUUUUUGAAGAAUUGCUCCAAAAUGUUGCUUGCCGUCGGUCUGUGGGUGAGUUGGAGGCAAUCCCAGCUGACUUUGGGGAGAGAGGCGACAAACACCUUGGACUGGUCGCCAGCCAAUCGUACCGCAACAUACUGUAACCGUUCACACUCGCAUCCACGUCUGUAAGGAUUCAAAGCUCACUGCCAAAAUGAGUGCGUCAGGUACAAGAAGGGGCGGUUUUGAGACUUGUCAAGUCAAUCUCUAGACUUAAACCCAACAGAGAAUGCAUUUUACCUGCUAAAGAGGAGAUUUGAAGGGAGUAGCCCAACAAAACAAUCCAGCCAUUCAUCCGUUGACCCUAUUAAGGACAUUUCUUUAAAAAGUGGCAGGAUUGUUUUCGUGAUGUCACUCCCAAUCUCCUUAGUCCUUAUUUUAGCAGUGUGAAUGGUUACACGGGGUCCUCUGUUUCAGGGAUUUCCGUUCUUAGGGCAGGGCAGAAAACCGGUAUACUCGUGGUCGGCACGUCUCCCUCACACUUGUGAGGUUCUGGGUUCAAAUGUAAGGUUUUUCGCUUGUGGAGUUUGCAUGUUCUCUGCCCUUGCUUGCAUGAGUUUUCUCCAGGUGUUCCGACAUCGUCUCAAAUUGUUGAAAACAGGCACUAGGUUCACUAAAUGGAGGCCACAGGAUUCGAGCGCAGUAACUCAAUUUUUGCCAUGUUGCAGGUGAGUGGUUUAAAAUUUCACGUUUGCAAUAAAAUCUGGGGAAUUGAUAGCUUGGCCUACAUGGCUAUGAUGGCUUCUGAAGACUUUACGGAUAUUGUGGUUUUCCUCAGUUUGGGACUUUUGCCCACGAUAAUGAUUCAGGAGUUGGAUCAUAUUGCUUGCAUUUUUAUUCACAGUCAUCAGCUUUUUGAUUUUUUUUUUUUUACCUUGGAUUCUUGUCGCUAUCGCAAAAGAAGAAAAUAAAACGGACAAGCUAGGAUUAGAAAAACAAAUGUUUAGUGCAUUAGCGGUCCAAAACAUCUGCGCACGUAUCAAGAUUUUAUCUGAACAUCAAGUUUUUGGGCAAUUUUUCCAGGUGGUAAAAAAAACCUGGUUUCAGGAGCGCAUCCAUCUCGGAAAUGGUAGUUGGCCCGGUGUUGCGCUGAAUCGGGAAAAGGCGCGGCGUGCGAUAUAGGACUGCCCCCUACAUUGCAAAAUUGGAACUACACCCUGCUUCAAGGAACGAUGCAGUAUUUUCCUUUUCCAUUUUCAUUUCUGCACUGAACUGAAUGAGUAACCAAGUGACGUCCAUUUCCUUUUCUUUGCUUUUCAACACGCGAUGCAGGUCGAUGCAACCCCCCAAAAAGAUUUUCAACGUCCUGCUUCAGUUUCCAGAUGUCAAUUUUCAGGUUAUAAUCACACUUUUGCCAUCAAUGACACCAUGGAAGGCGGCACAGUGGAUCCACUGCUUAAAUUGGGCCUCACAGUUCUGGGGUCCCCGGUUCAAUCCCGGACCCACCUGUGUGGAGUUUGGAAGUUCUCCCCGUGCCUGUGUGAGUUUUCUCCGGGCACUCCGGUUUCCUCCCGCAUCCCAAAAAGAUGCAACAUUAAUCGGACACUCAAAAUUGCCCCUAGAUGUGAUUAUGAGUCCAGCUGUUUGUCUCGAUGUGCCCUGCGAUUGGCUGGCAACCGGUUCAGGGUGUACCCCACCUCCUGCCCGUUGACAGCUGGGACAGACUCCCGCGACCCUUGGGUGUCUGCACCUGAAGCCGAUGAUGCUCCGCUGCGUAUGAUGGACGUGAAGGGGAGGACCAUAAGGAGGUUGGCCUACAGGGGGGGUGGAGAGAACUUUCCCCAAGUGCUGAUUUGACAAAGGGAUGCUUUUUCGCAGCGAGUAUCCUCCUCGUUGGCCUCCGUCCAACCCUUCUCAAGGAGUCUGCUGCAUUUUUUUUUCACGACAGUGCUCCAGCAUCAGUGUGCUGCUGCGCUUGGAGAAAGGGGGAAGCCGGUCUGAAGCGUCUCGUCAGGCCGCCACAGGCAUCGUCGCUCUUCCCCCACCACCGCCACCACCACCACCCCACAUGGAGCUGCAGUAGUGCCAGCACACACACUUUUUUCAGGGGGAUUGUUUUGUUUUUGUUUUUUUUUCUUGUAAAUUUAACUUUUUAACGGCAAAAGUUCCUGCACCACCCGCGCGGGCGAUCACCAUGGAGACGCAGAGGCGGCCCGCCAGGUGGAGGACGAAACGGUGGCUGCGGGAGUCCACGCUUGCCGCUGUCGUCGUUUUAAUCCUGCAAACUAUCGCUGUCAGAGCUGCCGAGCCAGUGGAUGUGCUGAAAGCUCUAGACUUUAAGAGCUCCCCGGAAGGCGUCAAGAAAACGCCCGGAUUCUGUACGAUGCGCCGAGGAUCCAAACCCGACAUUGCGUACCGAGUGAGCAAGAAUGCUCAGAUCAGCGCGCCGACGAAACAGCUAUUCCCAGGCGGAGUUUUCCCGGAAGACUUCUCCAUCAUGUUCACCGUCAAGCCCAAAUCAGGCCUGCAGUCCUUCCUGCUGUCCGUGUACAACAAGCAAGGCAUCCAGCAGCUGGGCGUGGAGGUGGGCCGUUCGCCCAUUUUCCUGUACGAGGACCAGCACGGAAAGCCAGCCCCCGAGGAGUACCCCCUGUUCCGUUCCAUCAACCUGGCUGACGGCAAGUGGCAUCGUGUGGCCAUCAGUGUGGAGAAGAAGAGUGUAACCAUGAUUGUGGACUGUAAGAGAAAGGUGACAAAGACUCUGGCCAGGGGCGAGGCGGCGACCAUCAACACGCAAGGCAUCACUGUCUUUGGCACCAGGAUCCUGGACGAGGAAGUCUUUGAGGGUGACAUCCAGCAGCUGCUGAUUGUGGCAGACCCCCGGGCCGCCUAUGACUACUGUGAACACUACAGCCCCGACUGUGAAACCCCCGCCCACCAGGACACCCCCCAGGCCCAGGAACCCGAGGAAGAGUACACUAAUUAUGAUUAUGGCGAGUUCUAUGACUACAGCGAAGGAGCAGUCACCACUGAACCUGCCCCCACCGAAGGAGUCAAGACCGAGAGCAUCGUAGAUGGCGACUACUUCACUGAUUACGACUACACCAUCGUGGACGGAAGUCAGCCUGAAACUCCCACAGCAGGCCAGAUAUAUGAGGAAAACGUGGACGAUUACGUCACCGGCGUGGAACAGGUCGGGGCGGACCCAACUCCCGCUGUGGAAACCGUCGCCCCGGUUGACACCAACGAUAAUGUGAACGAAUUCAGGCAAUAUGACCUGAACGAAGGAGAAGAGACCCAGGAGACACACUUCGAUUACGGCGACUAUGGCGACUACAACGUUCAAACUGAAACAAAGGCCUCCAUUGGGGAGGAAGAGUUCGGCCCCGGGGUUCCGGCUGAAACCGACUUCAGAGAGAGCGGCGUGGGAGGAAGUCAAAGUUAUCUCGGAGAGAAAGGAGAGAAGGGAGAACCCGCCGUCAUUGAACCCGGGAUGCUUGUAGAAGGACCCCAAGGAUCCCCUGGCCAGGCAGGUGUUCCGGGUACCCCAGGACUGCAGGGUCCCCCAGGACCACCUGGAGAUCCCGGUGCGAGGGGUCUUCCAGGACGACCUGGAAUUCCUGGUUCGGACGGUGUCCCUGGGCCCGCAGGUACCAUUCUGAUGCUUCCAUUCCGUGCCGGCGGCGAGGCGCACAAGGGACCCGUAGUGACGGCACAAGAGGCUCAAGCUCAGGCCAUCCUUUCCCAGGCCAGGCUGGCCAUGAGAGGUCCUCCAGGGCCAGCGGGCAUGGCGGGAAGGUCCGGUCCUGUGGGUGGCCCUGGCGCUCCCGGUCUUAAAGGGGACAGCGGUGAGAACGGACCACAGGGCCCCAGAGGUCUUCAGGGUCCAACUGGCCCCCCAGGAAAGUCAGGAAAGAGGGGCCGUAACGGAGCUGACGGUGCGCGAGGAAUGCCAGGAGAACCCGGGACCAAAGGCGACCGAGGUUUCGACGGCCUUCCCGGUCUCCCCGGAGAGAAAGGCCAUCGGGGGGAGCACGGGCCAACGGGGCCUCCAGGACCUCCAGGAGAAGACGGGCCAAGAGGGGAAGAUGGACAGGUUGGACAGAGAGGUGUGGCUGGAGAGGGUGGUCCUCGAGGUUUGCUCGGCCCCAGAGGUUCCGCGGGUCCUGCAGGACAGCGUGGUCUUCCCGGACUUGAUGGUCAAGCGGGUCCCAAAGGAAAUAUGGGUGUACAAGGAGAACCAGGUCCUCCCGGUCAGCAGGGUUUGCCUGGUCCUCAUGGUCUCAUUGGGCCUCAAGGUCCGAUCGGGCCUCCUGGUGAAAAAGGACCUCAUGGUAAACAAGGUUUGGCUGGUCUUGGUGGUGCCGAUGGGCCUCCUGGUCAUCCAGGUAAAGAGGGUCCACCGGGAGAGAAAGGAGCAGCUGGUUUCCCCGGACCAAUGGGAUCCAUCGGCUACCCCGGGCCCCGCGGCGUCAAAGGAGCGGAGGGAAUCCGAGGCCUGAAAGGUGGAAAAGGAGAAAAGGGAGAAGAUGGCUUCCCUGGCUUUAAAGGCGACAUGGGCCUCAAGGGCGACAAGGGCGAGGGAGGUGUCACGGGACCCCGAGGAGAAGAUGGACCCGAAGGUCCCAAAGGCAUGUCAGGACCCAAUGGCGAUUCCGGUCCCAUCGGCCUGGCUGGAGAAAAGGGAAAACUCGGAGUGCCCGGCUUGCCAGGAUACCCUGGAAGACAAGGUUCCAAAGGCUCCAACGGCUUCCCCGGUUUCCCCGGCUCUAACGGCGAGAAAGGCGCAAGGGGAGUUGCUGGCAAAUCCGGACCUCGAGGCCAACGCGGCCCGACGGGUCCACGUGGUGGGCGUGGUGCCAGAGGCCCGACAGGAAAACCAGGAGCAAAGGGCACCUCAGGCAGCGAUGGACCCUCAGGACCACCCGGAGAGAGGGGUCCUCAAGGACCACAAGGACCUGUAGGCUUCCCUGGACCAAAGGGACCCAAUGGCCCACCAGGAAAAGACGGACUGCCAGGUCACCCUGGACAGAGAGGAGAGACGGGUUUCCAAGGAAAGACGGGACCACCAGGACCUGGAGGUGUCGUUGGACCCCAAGGUCCAACUGGAGAGACCGGACCCAGUGGAGAGCGAGGACACCCAGGUUCCCCGGGCCCACCCGGAGAGCAAGGUUUGCCAGGCGCUGCUGGGAAAGAGGGCGGAAAGGGAGAUCCAGGCCCUCAGGGGCCCGGCGGUAAGCCAGGACCUGCAGGUCUGCGGGGCUUCCAGGGGGCAAGAGGUCUUCCUGGUGGCAUGGGUCCAGGUGGCUUGAAAGGAGGAGAAGGUCCCCAGGGUCCCCCCGGUCCCAUCGGUUCCCCCGGUGAGAGGGGCGCUGCUGGUCCCGGAGGUCCCAUCGGCCUGACGGGACGCAACGGCCCCACGGGACCACCAGGACCGGCUGGCGAGAAGGGAGCUCCUGGAGAGAAAGGUCCCAUGGGCCCCGCUGGCCGCGAUGGCAUCCAAGGUCCUGUUGGUCUUCCCGGUUCAGGCGGACCUCAGGGCCCGCCCGGAGAGGACGGUGACAAGGGAGAGGUCGGUGGACCCGGACAGAAGGGAGGUAAAGGAGACAAGGGAGAACUUGGUCCACCAGGUCCAACUGGUCUUCAAGGAGUGAUCGGAGCUCCUGGUCCAGCUGGCACCGACGGCGAGUCCGGCCCCAGAGGUCAGCAGGGGAUGUUUGGCCAGAAAGGAGACGAAGGAUCCCGCGGCUUCCCCGGUCUUCCGGGACCCAUCGGACUACAGGGUUUGCCAGGCCCUCCAGGCGAAAAGGGAGAGAACGGCGACGUUGGCGCUAUGGGUCCCCCUGGACCGCCAGGCCCGCGUGGCCCUCAGGGUCCUGGUGGAGCCAGUGGAGCUCAAGGACCUCCAGGUGGUAUCGGAGGACCAGGAGCGGUGGGCGAGAAGGGAGAAACUGGUGAAGCCGGGAACCCAGGAUCACCCGGAGAGCCAGGUUCAGCUGGACUCCGAGGAGAGACUGGCGAGAAGGGAGACUCCGGACCACCCGGAGCCGCAGGACCCGCCGGGGCUCGCGGACCCCCUGGAGAUGAUGGUCCCAAGGGUAACCCUGGUCCUGCCGGCUUCCCAGGAGAUCCCGGCCCUCCUGGUGAGCCAGGUGCUGCUGGCCUUGACGGUUUAGGAGGUGACAAGGGAGACGACGGAGAGCCCGGUCAACCGGGUCCGCCAGGUCCUUCUGGAGAGGCCGGUGUACCAGGACCUCCUGGCAAACGGGGACCCAUUGGACCGGCAGGACAGGAAGGACGACAAGGAGAGAAAGGAUCCAAGGGAGAAGCCGGAGCUGAGGGACCACCCGGAAAGACCGGUCCCGUGGGAGCCCAGGGCCCCUCCGGAAAGCCAGGUGCUGAGGGUCUUCGAGGAAUCCCCGGCCCCGUUGGCGAGCAAGGACUUCCUGGAGCCUCUGGAAAAGACGGACCUCCUGGACCACUUGGACCACCCGGACUUCCUGGCAUGAAAGGCGACUCGGGAUUCAAGGGAGAGAAGGGCCACCCCGGUCUGAUCGGUCUGAUCGGACCCCCUGGAGACGCUGGAGAGAAGGGAGACAGAGGUCUGCCUGGACUUCAGGGCAACGCUGGCGGCAAGGGUGAAUCGGGUAUUGUGGGUCCUCAAGGUCCUCUGGGUCCUCCUGGUCCUCCUGGUAUUCCUGGAACUCAUGGACAAAAAGGCUCCAAGGGAUCAAUUGGUGCAGCAGGCCAGAAAGGAGACCCCGGAGUGAUGGGACCGCCUGGACCUCCUGGCCCAACGGGCGACAUCAUCCAGUCGCUGCCCAUCCAGCGCGUGUCAAGGAAGAACAAGCGGCACGCCGAGGAGCAGGCGGACGAGCCGUCGGACGACUACAGCAUCGACGGCCUGGCCAUGGAGGACGUGUUCGGCUCCCUCAACAACCUCAAGCAGGACAUCGAGCGCAUGAAAUUCCCGCUGGGCACCGCCGACAACCCCGCCCGCACCUGUAACGACCUGCGCCUCAGCCAGCCUGACUUCCCGGACGGUGAAUAUUGGAUCGAUCCCAACCAGGGCUGCGUAGGAGACGCCAUCAAAGUGUUCUGUAACUUCACGGCGGGCGGCGAGACGUGUAUCAACCCAGACAAGAAGUCCUCGGGAGUCAGAAUAUCUAACUGGCCCAAGGAGGUGCCCGGUUCUUGGUUCAGUGAAUUCAAACGUGGAAAAAUUUUGAACUACGUGGACGUGGCCGAGAACAGCAUCAACGCGGUCCAGAUGACCUUCUUGAAGUUGCUGAGCUCGUCGGCGCGCCAGAACUUUUCGUACGUGUGCCACCAGUCGGCGGCCUGGUACGACGCCAACGCCGACAGUUACGACAAGGCUCUGCGCUUCCUGGGCUCCAACGACGAGGAGAUGUCCUACGACAACAGCCCGUUCAUCAAGCCGCUGAUUGACGGCUGUGCGUCCAAGCAGGGCUACUCCAAGACGAUUCUGGAGAUCAACACCCCUCGCAUCGACCAGCUGCCCAUCCUCGACGUCAUGCUCAACGACUUUGGCGACUCCAACCAGAGGUUCGGCUUCGAGGUCGGACCCGUCUGCUUCCUUGGCUAGACCUCCCCCCCUUCCCGCCGAGAGACCCCUCCCGAGCCCCUACCCCCUUCUUUCCCACUGCCCCCCCCCCCCCCUCCUCACCGACGGACAGGGUCGGUGGGCGCAAAGCGGGGAGUGCCGUCGUGGCCCCCCGCGGGGCCGCUAGCACGUGACUGAGAAGCGAGUCAGACCCAAAAGGAAAAACAAAAAACCCCAAAAAAAGGACUUUUGAUGGCGUGGCGGGCGGACACGCGCUCGGCCACAGACGUGCGUUUGCGCAAAACACUCAAGGUGCUACACAAAUUGCUUUUUUGAUGAAAGUGUAAUUAUUAUUAUAAUAAUUAUUAUUAUUUUGUACAAUAUUGUGCCUUUCUGAAUCCACCCCACCCUUAGUGACUUUGCAUGUGUCCCAGCUCGUAAUUUGUUUUUUUUUUCCUGUUUAAAUGUUGAGGAAAAUAUACAACCAGCACGUUUCACCCAAAAUUUGUAAGUAGAAAAAUGUUUGUAAAUAAAAUUGCCUUUUUAUUACAACAGGCAAAAAAAAAAAAGUGCAACGCAAAAAGACAUUUUAGUAUUUUUUAAUGACUUAAUGGGAAGUCGAGCCAUAAAAAAAUGAAAUGAAAUAGUAAUAUAAAUAUUGUCAGAAAGUUCUUAUUCUUUAUACCUCAACUAAACGUGGGCCAUAUUUGUCUGUUCUAGAAUUCAUGCCGAAUUUUUUUUUCAACAAUUUACCACCAAAAAGCCUUGUUGACUUAUUGUGUGCCUUUUAAAAAUAUUAAAACUGGAUUCUGAAACUGGA